AGGCUAGCGAGUCGGGAUGGAACACUAACCGUCUGCUAGGCUAACACUCCACAGACCACUCGGGCGUUUUGCGUGACGUUGAGUAUUUGCCCCGGGGGGAGGAAGAAGAAGAGGUGGCGACCACCAGCACCACCAGUACCACCACCAGUACCACCACCACCAGGAGCCGGAGCUAGCAGGUCAGCAGAGACGUAUCGGAGCCCUUGGAAGUUCUCAGCUUUGAUGCAGUACAGUGAACCGAGUGCAAGAUGACGGAAGAGGUGAUUGUCAUCGCCAAGUUUGACUACAUGGCCCAGCAGGACCAGGAGUUAGACAUCAAGAAAAACGAGCGCCUGUGGCUCCUCGAUGACUCCAAGUCCUGGUGGAGGGUUCGAAAUGCCACCAACAAAACAGGCUUCGUGCCGUCCAACUACGUGGAGAGAAAAAACAGUGCCAGGAAAGCGUCGAUUGUCAAGAACCUCAAAGAUACACUCGGAAUUGGGAAGGUGAAGAGCAGAAAAGGAGGGAUGAGGGACACGGCGUCCAACGCUGACACAGACAUGUAUGCCGAUAACGGCGAGCGGCUCUACGACCUCAACCUGCCCGCCCUGGUCAAGUUCAGCUACACGGCCGAGCGAGAGGACGAGCUGUCCCUGGUGAAAGCCACGCGGGUGAUAGUGAUGGAGAAGUGCAGCGACGGGUGGUGGCGCGGCAGCUACAACGGACGUUCGGGUUGGUUUCCGUCCAACUACGUGACGGAGGACAUGGAUGGGACGGCAGGGGGAGGGGGAAUGGGCGGACCCGGUGACCCGGUGGGAUCACUGACCGAGAAGCUGGCGGCGGUGGUGAACAGCACCACCAACGGGAACCGGGUGCUGCACACGGUCCAGGCGCUCUACCCCUUCAGCUCGGAGAACGACGAGGAGCUGAACUUCGAGAAGGGCGAGGUGAUGGAGGUCGUGGAGAAGCCGGAGAACGACCCGGAGUGGUGGAAGUGCCGCAAAGCGGACGGACAGCUCGGCUUGGUGCCUAGGAACUACGUCACCGUGCUGGACUCCGCCUCCCACAGUCCCGCGGCGGGGCUCGCCGGGCCGCCCACACCCGACUGUGACUACAUCUCGCCUUCAGGCAUCGGGCGCUUCGCAGGGAAGGAGUGGUACUACGGGAAGGUGACGCGCCAUCAGGCGGAGGUGGCGCUCAACCAGAGGGGGUCGGAGGGAGACUUCCUCAUCCGAGACAGCGAGUCAUCGCCAAACGACUUCUCGAUCUCCCUGAAGGCGCAGAGCAAGAACAAGCAUUUCAAAGUGCAGCUGAAGGAAACCCUUUACUGCAUCGGACAGCGCAAGUUCAACUCUAUGGAGGAGCUUGUUGAACACUACAAAAAAGCCCCCAUCUUCACCAGUGAGCAGGGAGACAAACUGUACCUGGUCAAGGCCUUGGCAGCCUCCUGAUCCCUCUGUGCUACACACACACACUCACACAGACACACACCUCCACACAUUAACUGCAUCCAUACAGUAUAUAUAUAUAUACGUACAGAUACUCACAGCAGAACACACACUAACAUUUAAACUCCAAGCCCGAGGACUUAACACAUCGCCAGGACUUCAAUGCCCGAUUUGUGAGCAUUCCAAGAAGAGGCACGGAGGCAAAAAGCAUGGGAGAGACUCUGAGAACUUGAGGGGGGGGGGGGGACAAAAGAGAAAAGACUAUGGACUCCUGAGAGUUGACUACAGACCUCUUGGUCGCCUAUUUUAAAUUAUCCAGAUGUGUUAGGUCAUAGGCAAUGCCAUGUAUUUCCACCUUGGUAUCUAUUGGUUGCAUUUAGUAUCUUUUUUUUUGUUUGUUUUUGUCGAUAAUAUAUAAUCUUUUAACAGUUUCUUUUUUUUUUUUUUUAAAUGUGAUUUUUUUUUUUAAAACUAUAUCCAACACAAAACAACAAAGGACCCGAUGAGGCUUUAUUUUUUUUUUCCUUUUUUUUUGCCAGCACACUCAGAAUCGAUCCCAGAGAGGUUCUACAUCUCCGCCCGUCUCUGUGUUGGCUGUCUUAACGGUUGUGGACGCACCGAUUCCUCAACUUCUGCUAAAUGCAAAUCAUGAAUAAAAAAUUAAGUGACCAAAAUAUAUUUAUUGACACAAUUCUAUGGUCGCAGCGAUCGGAACAUCACACUGUGCGUCUGCUAGAGUCCAACUAUACCGUCGACUCUCCCUCUCCAGAACUGCUUGUCUCACAUAUUGCUGUAUCCGUAUCAUGUGAAUGUUACAAGGCCGAAGCUCCGGAGGCGGCCGGGACGUUGCAUGAAGACUGAGUCACGCCCUCCCCCCCCGUACGCUGACCACUUCUGUGGAGCUGGGAGGGGAAACGGAGCGCCAGUCCAGAGGAUGAUGUCACCGAUCUGGAAUUGGUGAUCACUGGAGGGAGAGAGAAAGGUCACCCCUGGGUCGUGUUUGUGUGGCUGCAGACUGUAUACACGAGGCUGAGAGACGCCCUCUUCCCUCAGCGGCCACAAAGGACUUUUCAGAAAACAGUUCCUCACGACAAAGUGCUGCGGGAAGUGAAGUCAACUGGUGUAAAUGCGUUUCUCUGGGCUCUGUGAGGUCCCAGUUUGGGGAACGCAGUGGGAUCUUUCCCCAGUGAAAAGUCUUGUCUACACAACACAUGACUUGUAUUUACAGUCUUUGGUGAACUGGAGUUUUGUCGAGUGAGAAAUGGACCAAGAAGUGUUUGAAUGUUGGAGGAGCAUCUCGAAACCAGUGCCUGCAAUCAAAGCUGAAGCGGCUCCUCAGGGAGAGGACGGCGACGAAGAGGAAGAGGAGGAGGAGGAUGAUGAUCACGGUGCCUGCGAUGAUGAGCUCUCCAGCUGUGGCCUCUUGGACUCGAGCACAGAAAGUAGGGAACGAGAGGGAUUUCACAGAGGACGAGUGGAAAAAUGAACCCUGAAAGGAAAGAGGAAAAAAGCAGAGAAUUGGGAUCCAGGGAGGAGACUUUGGAGAAUCGGUUCCACUGGAGAUGAGUAUCUGGAAUACUGCUCCCAGUCGUGCUCGGGUGGGGAAAAUGGACCGAGGCCAACGCUGAUGUAUCCGAAGAGAAUAAUAGAUUUUUGGAACUUUUAAGGUCGACUCAAUCUGCCGGUGCCACUCGGAACAGAACACAUGGGUGUAAACCUUUUUUCCUUCCUCUCCAUCCUCCAGGUGAUUGACAGCUUUGGGAUUGAAGAGCUGUGGGUAGACACUGUGGUUUUUUUUUGUUUUUUGUUCAGCUGUAAAAGAUGAAUUAUAAACAGAAACAAUAACCUUGUCAGUUUGAUUCACGACGGCUUGAAAUGGCAACGUCUAAUUCUACACCUCCAGCUCUCGACGAACCCUUAAUACGACUGUAACGACACAUGUGAAACAGUUUUAUAUAUGAAGAAAAGCAACAUUCCAACAUGAACACAGCCGAUUUCUAACUUCAUGCCUCUUUAAGUGUAAAUCACAGGAUUGUUAAUCACACGACUCAAGUGAAUUUUUUUUGUUUUUUUUGUUUCAUUUAAGGUCCUAAAUCUCUAAAGACUUAUUCCACCUUCACACACACGACCACGAUUUCAACAUGUGUAGGAUAUUUGUGCCUGUUUCCCUCGUUUUUUUGUUUCCAGUCGCCAGAUAAAGUAUUUGGGUUACAAGAAUCCUAUUACAUGUCAUUUACUACACCCAACCCCUGGCCGCUGCUGCUGCUGUACCGGUGCCAUGUUGCUGACACUUCCUGAGAGACGGUGUUUGCCUGCAGCAGCUGGAGAAAUCCACUGCUGUCAGCAACCUCAUUUUUAUUUUAUUUAUUUGAUAAUUUUUGGGGGGUGGGACUGAAAUUCCCUCCCUGACUGACCUCUGCAGAAUCUGCGACGUCACGCAGCAUUAAAGUGACAAACGCCAACGCACCGUGUCCCAGUUUGAAGGAUUUAGGACGGAAUUUUUUAAUGUGCCUUCACAGCUUUCUGUCAACCAAAGGUUUAGCGCCCUGUUUCUUUUUUUUCUCCCUCCUCCUCCAUCCAGUUCUUCCCCCUUGUCACCGCCACGUGCUAUUCGGUUCAAACUUUGCAUGUGCAUCAGUCGAGUCUCAUCAUCCCGACCGAAAAGGUUAUUUCCCUAUUUAGCGCUCGCUGAUAACGUCAUUGUCUAACUUUUUUAAUUUAAUUAUUUUUCUUGUCAUGCAUAAAAAGAUGCCCAUUAGUUGAUUCUGUGUGUAGUUUCAAGUGACCUUAACGUAGCUGAUUUCAUCCGGUGUAAACUUCAUGUGCAGUUUGGAAACGUGUGCCGACGUUCACUCAGAAACAAUAACCCCAGGUGUGAUGUAACCAUGACCCGGAUCCCGCGUGCGAGCACCUCAGCGUAACGGUGUCGCGUAACAGUAUGUCAGGGUUUCCACGGCAACGGUUUUUAAUGUCUGUAUGUAAGUGUAAGACAUUCACUUUUGCAGUUAAGCCACUUAAAUAUGUAAAAAGGAAGAUCAUGGAUACUUAAAAACGUGUUACUUGAUAUACAAAUACAGAUCGACAGUAUCUCCCUGCAUAGGUAAUGUUAUGACGAACUGGGAUCUUUUUUCGUUUUACAAAGAAGGCCGCAUGAGCAGAGCCUGGUAGCUGUACAGACAUGGUUUUUAAAUCUGCUUCGAGAACCCACGGGCGUCAGUUGGGUCGGAUGUUAUCGAGAGAAUCGCUUCCCUCAACUCGUUUGCCACCGGAGCUGCUGCAGGGAACUCGUGACGGAACAAAGCCUGACGUGACGUCACGUAUCGAUCUCUUGAUAACGUCGACGACGACCAACUGCCCCCGUGUUUUAACUUUGGUGCUUUUGUGCUGCUUCCAUUUCUCUGGUGUUCUUUGUCUCACAAAGCUUUGAUCGUUGUGUCUGAGAGCGAGAGAGAGAGAGAGAGAGAGGAUGGAGAAGCAGAUCCAUGCUGUGGAAUGAUCAAGGCAGUGCUGUGAAAAAAAUGUCAUGCUCUUAAAUACUGUUCUUAUGAAAAGGGGAGAUGUGUUCAGGUGUAAUGAUUUAGAAGAGUUUAUUAGAGUGUUCAAAAGACGUAAUAAACCACAUGAAAAUCA